GGGGGGAGGCGGGUGGGGGAAGGCGGCUCCGCACACCCAAGAUGGCGGCGGUGGAGCUGGAGUGGGUGCCCGAGACGCUCUAUAACACGGCGAUCUCGGCCGUGGUGGACAGCUACGGGCGGGCGAGGCGCCGGGACAUCCGCUCGCUGCCCGAGAACAUCCAGUUCGACGUGUACUACAAGCUUUACCAACAGGGUCGCUUAUGCCAGCUGGGUAGUGAAUUUUGCGAGCUAGAAGUUUUUGCGAAGGUGCUACGAGCUUUAGAUAAAAGACAUCUGCUUCAUCACUGUUUUCAGGCUUUGAUGGACCAUGGAGUAAAAGUUGCUUCUGUACUGGCCUAUUCAUUCAGUAGACGGUGCUCCUACAUAGCAGAAUCGGAUUCUGCUGUGAAAGAAAAAGCAAUCCAGAUCGGUUUUGUUUUAGGGGGGUUCCUAUCGGAUGCAGGCUGGUACAGUGAUGCUGAGAAGGUAUUUCUUUCCUGCCUUCAGUUAUGCACCCUUCAUGAUGAAAUCCUUCAUUGGUUUCGUGCCGUAGAAUGUUGUGUAAGGUUGCUGCAUGUUCGAAACGGUAACUGUAAAUAUCACUUGGGAGAAGAAACAUUCAAACUUGCUCAGUCUUACAUGGAUAAACUUGCAAAACAUGGUCAGCAAGCAAACAAAGCAGCGCUCUACGGGGAGCUGUGUGCACUGCUCUUUGCCAAGAGCCACUAUGAUGAGGCUUAUAAAUGGUGUAUAGAAGCUAUGAAGGAGAUCACAGUUGGCCUGCCUGUAAAAGUAGUAGUGGAUGUUUUACGACAAGCUUCAAAGGCUUGUGUUGUAAAACGUGAAUUUAAGAAGGCUGAACAGCUGAUAAAACAUGCAGUAUACCUUGCCCGGGAGCAUUUUGGAGCUAAGCAUCCCAAAUACUCUGAUACGCUACUAGACUAUGGAUUUUACUUGCUCAACGUAGACAACAUAUGCCAAUCUGUUGCAAUCUAUCAGACAGCUCUUGAUAUCCGGCAGUCAGUAUUUGGAGGUAAAAAUAUACAUGUAGCCACAGCUCAUGAAGACUUGGCUUACUCUUCAUAUGUUCACCAGUACAGCUCUGGAAAAUUUGACAAUGCACUAUUCCAUGCUGAACGUGCUAUUGGCAUUAUAACUCACAUUCUCCCAGAAGACCAUCUUCUCUUGGCAUCUUCAAAGAGAGUUAAAGCACUUAUCCUGGAGGAGAUUGCAAUAGACUGUCACAACAAGGAGACUGAGCAGAGGUUACUUCAAGAAGCUCACGACUUGCAUCUGUCCUCCCUCCAGUUAGCUAAAAAAGCCUUCGGGGAGUUUAAUGUACAAACAGCAAAACACUAUGGCAACCUUGGGAGACUGUAUCAGUCCAUGAGAAAAUUUAAGGAAGCAGAAGAAAUGCACAUCAAGGCAAUUCAGAUUAAGGAGCAGCUUCUAGGUCAAGAAGAUUAUGAAGUUGCCCUGUCAGUGGGUCAUCUAGCUUCUCUCUAUAACUAUGACAUGAAUCAAUACGAAAAUGCUGAAAAGCUUUAUUUGCGAUCCAUAGCAAUUGGAAAGAAGCUUUUUGGCGAAGGAUACAGUGGACUUGAAUAUGAUUAUAGAGGUCUCAUUAAACUGUACAAUUCCAUUGGCAACUAUGAGAAAGUUUUUGAGUACCACAAUAUUUUGGCCAAUUGGAACCGGUUGCGGGAUCGGCAGUUCUCAGUGACAGAUGCUCUGGAGGACGUAAGCACCAGCCCUCAAUCCACUGAAGAAGUGGUCCAGUCUUUUCUGAUGUCUCAGAACACUGAUGGACAAAGCAGCUAAGAACUUGGUCAAUUAACCAGUUAAGGUUUUUUCCCCCAGGUUACAGGGGGAAAAGUCAUACUGUGAAAUCUAAACCAUGUAGUUCUCUGGGGGCUGGAAUUUGCAUUGAAACACUGGUCCAGUCUACUGAAGAGUGCCCAUACGGAUGAAUGUGUGUUAAAUUCUUAUCAGCAUGUGUAUGGCAUGUUUAGUUCGGCUCAUUUGGUAUUCCUGAAAACCCCUUCUUUCUUCUUUCUAAAGAAGCAACGUUGCAGAAAGUCUGCAAGAAAACAUUAAAUAAAACUGUUUGAGUUCAAA